GAAGCGGGAUGGGCGUUCAGGGAGCAUCAUGGCGGAUCGGCUAACGCAGCUACAGGACGCGGUGAACUCGCUUGCAGAUCAGUUUUGUAAUGCCAUUGGGGUAUUGCAGCAAUGUGGCCCACCUGCCUCCUUCAGUAACAUUCAGACAGCUAUAAACAAAGACCAGCCGGCUAAUCCUACAGAAGAAUACGCUCAGUUGUUUGCAGCAUUGAUUGCACGAACUGCUAAGGAUAUUGAUGUUUUAAUAGAUUCAUUACCUAGUGAAGAAUCAACAGCAGCUUUGCAGGCUGCUAGUCUGUAUCGUUUAGAGGAGGAAAACCAUGAAGCAGCUGCCCGUCUGGAAGAGGUUGUUUAUCGUGGGGAUAUGCUACUAGAAAAGAUACAGAGUGCCCUAGCAGAUAUUGCUCAAUCACAGCUGAAGACCAGAAGUGGUACUCAUAGCCAGCCUGUUCCAGAUUCAUAGCAGCAGGGGGCAGCAUUUUGCUGCAAAAGCGAACUAUUAGAUUGUGAAUAAAAUCAUUUUUUAAAACAAAGUUCUGUAUCAAACACAGUAAUAUUGAGCCCUACUGUUGCGUAAAUAUUUUGAGUGAACUGAUUAUAGUAAAAGCAUGUCACUUGUCAAAGCCUAAAAGUUUUGUUAUAUUGUCUCAUGUUUGGUAUGAGAAGCAUUUAUAAACUAAGAAUUGGUGUUCAUGUUGCUCCAGCACUACACAUUUAAUGUAUUUCCUUUGUUUCAAAAUACUUUUUUUUUUUUAAGUUUCGCUUCUCUUAUGCAUAGAUGUGUAUCUAAUGGGCUGUCAUCUUCGCAAUGUAAAUUUGUAUAUUCCUACUGGGGAAUAAGGGAAAAUUUUCUCAGCAUAUUUUUGGUAACCUUCCUCGCCUCUAAAUCUUCAAGAUUAAGAUGUCUUAUUUUAUUGUGAGGCUUUUACAAGAAAUAGAGCUUCACUUUGCAGAAUUCUAUGAGCAAAGUGCUGUACAUUGAGGUUAUUCCAGUGCUCACCUUCUGCAUUGCUAUAUAUACUGUGUAAUUACGAUUCUACUGUGACUCUUUGGCAUACUUAUUACUUGACUGUAUUUUAUCAUCUUUGGCUGCAAGCUGUUAUACAGUUUUCUUGCCGGCUGCAUUCUGUUAAUACUUAAAAAGAAAGACAAUGCCAAGAUCAUGUGUCUGUCAGAUUUGUUGUUCACAAAUGGGACUGUGGCGCACUAGUGGUUCGUGAUGCACUUGCUGGUUCCCUGCAGGCUGCUAGCAGAUCAUAUGGGAUUGACUGUACCCCUUUGCUUCCAGCAGUUUCUACACACGCCAGGUUUCUUGUGACAGUGUGCCUGUAAAAGCAGAUGCUACCGAGGAGGAGCUGCUGGUUGUAGUUGCGUCAGAGGAGUUGGAGAAGGAACGGAAGGUGUCUAGUAGGGAUACCUUCCAUCACUGGCUUCUAACUUCUUUUCUAAUAUUUUUCUUGUGUAAGCAGUUGCUGUAGCCACUGCAUGGACAUUGUGUGAGUGUAAAUAUGAAAGGGGUAGUCCCUAAGAUAUUCAGGAGUUCUUCAGUACUGAAAAAAAUUGUGCCCCAAUGGUGUGAAUUAAAAACAGAAAAAUUGGGGUCAAUUCAAACAGUAAGCUUUUAGGGAUGUUUGGAUCAAUAUUUGAACUUGAUGGCAAAAGUACUGGAGUGUACACCCUUCUCCCUUAGCAAUCUAAAAAUUUUACUUUGGCCACUUUUUCGUUGAAGAUAGACUGACUUCUCUUGGAGUCUGUGUGUAUAUAGUCUACUCAUUUUCCUGAUUUCAGAUUGUUUAUCUGUGUGUACUGGCAAAAUUUCUCUAAUGUACAUAGAACUAUUAUGCUUCUAUUGUGUUCAGCUGGUCUGAAACAACUUGAACUUGUUUUUUGGCAACCUACCAGUGGCAAUGCAUGCAAGGAGCCAUACAUCCAUUAAAUGGUGCUGUAAAAGGAAGAGUGGAGCAGGUCAUGGGACACGCCUUGUACACUUACUGCUGUAACAGUAUGCUGUUCUAAAGACUUUCACAAUAUAAUUAAAUACAAAGUAGUAAGUACUGCUAAUUGUUGCUAAAAUGGAAAUGUAGGAUUUAAUCACACUUAAAUGGAGAACUUCACCUGCUAUUGUGAGACUCCUGUGAUACUUAAAUACAAGGAAGAAAGUAAACAUGGUCUAUUAUUCAAAUAGAAGUGGGGGCCAUGCUGUGGUCCUAGCUAUACCAUAGGCUUCUUUUGUCUCUUGGUAAAUCACUAGAGCUCAGUCUUUCACAAAUAUGUACUAAUUCUGGGUGCUGACUCUCAGGGCCUGACUCUUUUUUUAAAUAGAUGUCAGACGCCAACUGCAAUUGAAGUCAUGGGAAAUGCGGCUUAGCACAUCUAAAAAAAAAAAAAUGCUCAUGUCUCAAGUUUGUGUGCUGUGAAAGUGAGGUACCAAAAUUAAUAAAUGCUUAACUUGGAGCUAGCAGUCUAUUUUCUCAUCUGUAAGAUGGAGAAAACUUCCCACUCUUAAAGGAGUUUUGAGGUAUAUUGCUAUAGGAGUUCAACAGAGAUGGAUUAAAUGGCAGGGUAACCUAAAUCUUGAAUUCACACUCUCAAAUGGAUUCCCUAAUUACAUUUUAACAUCUGUGUAGGUGCACAGUGGCUCUAAGAUCUGUGGUGUCAGCUGUUUACUUGCCAGAAGCAAACCCAAAGUCAAUAUUUCUUAGCCGUUCAGAAGUUCUCUGUGCAUGGUUACAUCAUCCUUGGAUACUUCAGUUUUGUGCUCUUUGUGCUUCAAUAUUAGGAAGUUGCUACUGCUGGAAUUCCAGAUUUCCUUGUUUAAAACGUUGCCUUAGUGUAGUAUUUUCUUCAUGCUUGCGGGUUACUCUAGUAUGUUAAUGUGCCAGCCACCUUAAUAUUAAAGUGCAUACUGGUCUCAACACCUAUUUCUGUCCUGCAUGUGAAGAACUUUAACUCUUAUGCUACUGUGAAGUACGGCAUACACACAUUUUGUGUGUCCCUUUGAUAUCUAGCUCAGUAUUUAUACUAAAAUGUCACAAUUUGCUUAUUGACAAUAUAAUAAAAAUAAAUCAAAGCAAGGAAA